CCCGUCGACGCCCUGGUCGUCGUCCUCGUUCUGAUCGUCCCUAUAGACUAGCAACAAACCGGCAACAACGGCGUUGGCGUUGUAAUCCCUCUUGCUAUUUUUCUUUUCACUUUACCAGCGCCCCCCUGCUCCGGCUCCUCUCAGGGCGGCCGGCGGCGCCGCCUCCCUCUGCUGCUCCUUCACUUCUCUCGUGCACCGCGCUCCUGCGUUUCCUCGACGACGACGUCAAUGGCGGCACGGCAGUGACCGUUCAGGCGGCGGCGCUCGGCCACUGCCCUGAUCGAGUGGCGGAGACGUCGGCGAUAACCGCGCGCGAUAUUUUGUCUAAACCGUUAGGCUACUUCUCGGCGACGCUUGUUCUGGAGUGAGUCUCUCUAGAGAGGACAUGGGCUCCCUCAACGACAUUGGUGUUGCCGCGGGAAUAAACAUAUUAUCUGCAGUGGGUUUUCUUCUCGUGUUCGCAGUUGUUAGGAUACAACCUAUUAAUGAUCGGGUAUACUUUCCAAAAUGGUACCUUAAAGGGACGAGAAGCAGCCCAAGACACAUCGGAACUGUCCUCUCAAAAUUUGUGAAUGCCAAUGUGUCAACAUAUCUUCGGUUUCUCAAUUGGAUGCCCGCGGCGCUGAAAAUGCCAGAACCUGAAUUAAUUGAGCAUGCAGGACUAGACUCCGCAGUAUAUGUCCGCAUCUACCUUCUCGGCUUAAAAAUAUUUGUGCCAAUUACUAUGCUGGCUUUUGCUGUCCUAGUUCCUGUCAAUUGGACUAGUGCAACUUUAGGAGAUGAUGGAGAAGGUCUAAGUUAUGAUGAAAUUGACAAGCUUUCAAUAUCAAAUCUUGGUCCAGGUUCAAAAAGGUUUUGGGUACACAUUGGAAUGGCCUAUGUGUUUACCUUUUGGACAUUCUACGUGUUGUAUCAUGAAUAUAAGGUUAUAACAACUAUGAGAUUGCACUUUCUUGCGAAUCAGAAUCGUCGGCCCGACCAAUUCACAGUACUUGUGAGAAAUAUACCAGCUGACCCAGACGAAACAGUUGGUGAGCAUGUUGAGCACUUCUUUGCUGUGAAUCAUCGUGAGCAUUAUCUCAGUCACCAGGUUGUAUACAACGCAAACGCCCUUGCCAGUUUGGUUGAGAAGAAGAAAGGUUUGCAAAACUGGCUGGUCUACUACGAAAACCAGCAUGCUAAGAACCCUGAAAAGGAGCUGACUAUUAAGACAGGACUGUGGGGUCUUUGGGGGGAAAAGGUGGAUGCAAUAGAACACUACAAGACAACAAUCAAGGAGCUAUGUAAACAGGAGGAUGAGGAGAGGCAGAAGGUGAUUAGUGAUCCUAAGGCUAUAAUGCCAGCAGCAUUUGUGUCUUUCAAUUGUCAGUGGGGGGCUGCUGUCUGUGCACAAACACAGCAGACCAGUAACCCAACGGUGUGGUUGACCGAGUGGGCUCCAGAACCUCGCGAUGUUUACUGGCCUAACCUCGCGAUCCCAUUCGUCGAGCUCUCGAUCAGGAGACUUAUCAUGGCUGUUGCGCUCUUUUUCCUGACAUUUUUCUUCAUGAUCCCAAUUGCAGUCGUACAAUCCGCAGCCAAUCUAGACGAUAUUGAGCGGGUGCUUCCUUUCUUGAAACCUAUAAUAGAGAGAAAUGGUCCAAGAUCAGUCAUACAAGGUUUCUUGCCAGGAAUCGCAUUGAAAAUCUUCCUUAUAUUUCUGCCAACAAUUCUCAUGGCCAUGAGCAAAAUUGAAGGCCACGUAUCACUCUCUGGAUUGGAGAGGAGGACAGCAUCAAAAUACUUCCUGUUUAUUUUUGUCAACGUAUUCUUGGGAAGUGUAGUAGCUGGGACAGCGUUCCAGCAGCUCAACCGUUUUAUCAAUCAGCCUGCUAACAAAAUUCCAGAGACCAUUGGAGAAUCCAUUCCCAUGAAAGCGACUUUUUUCAUCACCUACAUCAUGGUGGAUGGAUGGGCAGGCAUUGCCGCAGAAGUUCUUAGGUUGAAGCCAUUGAUCAUGUUCCACAUAAAGAACACAUUCUUGGUCAGAACCGAGCAGGAUCGCGAGCAGGCCAUGGACCCUGGGAGCUUGGAGUUUGGAAGCACCGAACCGAGAAUACAGCUCUACUUCCUCCUAGGGCUUGUAUAUGCUGUUGUGUCACCCAUCAUUCUUCCUUUCAUCAUAGUCUUCUUCGGCCUGGCCUAUCUUGUUUUCAGACACCAGAUCAUCAAUGUGUAUAACCAGCAAUACGAGAGCGGCGCGCAGUUCUGGCCAGACGUACACGGACGAAUCGUCACCGCGUUAGUCAUAUCGCAGGUCCUGCUGAUAGGACUGCUGAGCACACAGGAAGCAGAGCAGUCCACUGUCGCUCUUCUUCCUCUUCCUGUGCUGACCAUAUGGUUCCGCUACGUCUGCAAGGGCCGGUUCGAGCCGGCAUACAUAAAAUUCCCCUUGCAGGAGGCCAUGGUGAAGGACACGCUGCAACGGGCAAACGACCCGAUGCUGAACCUGAGAGAGUACCUCAAGGACGCAUACGUGCACCCGGUCUUCCGCAGCGGUGACGUGUACGAGCUCUUGGCCAUGGAUGAAGAGGAGAACCCACACCUCGUCGCGACCAAGCGGCGGUCUCGGAUGACCACACCGGUGGACAGCAAAUUCAACUCCAGCUCUGGCACCAACGAAGGAGAGUUCAACCGGCUGCGACCUGGCUGACAAGGAAAUGGGAGCAGGCGCUUGAGAGCUUCCUUGAUCGGCAGUUGCACUGCACCAGUGCAUUACCACAUCGAUGGAAUUGUACAUUUAGAGAUGUUAGAGCAUCUCCAAAGGCACACAAAAAGAAUGGCUGCCUAAAUCCAGUUUUAGGAGUUGAGAGAGAAGAUUUAGGUAGCCAAUUAUUAUUUUUCUGUUUUUAUAGCGGACCUAAAGCUCGAUACCUAGAUUUCAGCUUAUAGUGCUAUCACACGUAUUCUUAUAGAUAUGUAAUGUUCAAAAUAAUAUCAAACCCAUGUCAAAUAAAUGAUGAAAUUACUGAAA